AUGCGCGCUUCCGUCUUGAUUGCUCUCCUCCCGGCGCUGGCUCUUGCCGCCCCUGCCGAGCCCCGCUCUGCUGGAAAGGCAGAGCCCGACCGCCACCAGGCGUACAUCAAGCGCUCUGGUGCUGAGCCGGAUCGCCACCAGGCCUACAUCAAGGGACGCUCCGAGGCGGAACCUGAUCGCCAUCAGGCGUAUAUCAAGAGGUCUGAGGCUGAGCCGGAUCGCCACCAGGCGUAUAUCAAGCGCUCAGGAGCCGAGCCAGACCGCCACCAAGCCUACAUCAAGCGCAGUGAAGCGGAGCCGGACCGCCACCAGGCCUACAUCAAGCGUGGUGACGCUGAACCUGAUCGCCAUCAGGCGUACAUCAAGCGCUCCGAGGCCGAACCGGACCGUCACCAAGCUUACAUCAAGAGGUCCGAGUCCGAGCCAGACCGCCAUCAGGCUUACAUCAAGCGCGGUGACGCUGAGCCGGACCGCCACCAAGCCUACAUUAAGCGUGGUGACGCGGAGCCCGAUCGCCACCAGGCGUACAUCAAGCGCGGCGAUGCUGAGCCUGACCGCCACCAGGCGUACAUCAAGCGGUCCGGCGCCGAGCCCGACCGUCACCAGGCUUACAUUUGA